AUGACCAGCCCCUUCCAAAACUCCCAGAAUCCCCAGAACACUCGACAAAGCAGCUUCCUGCCAGCUCCCCUCUACCCUCGAUCCUCGUAUGCCUCAGUAGCCACCGAGAGCCCUCGAGCUUCCUCUGCGACACAGGGAAGCACCCGCACAGGGCCUGGUUCCUUCAGCCACAUCCUGAACCCCGUCGACGCAGAUUGGGAGACCCACUAUCCCUUCCCGCCCAGAGAUCACGAGAGCACCGGCGGUAUGACGCAGAACGGCUCGCAUCUGGAUGGAGGGGCGCCUGGUGGCCUGUACGCGACGAGAACCCAGCACCAACAACUGCCACACUUCUCACGAGCAUUCGAGAUGUUCAUGAGCCGGACGCCCCUCGAUAGCCUGCCGGGCGUGGACCUGUUGACCGCGGGGCGGGCGAGCCCGAGCACCAACGGCAGCAGCGCUAGAAGCAGCAGCUUACCAAGGCCAUCGUACCUGCAGGGCUCGCACUACCUGGCGAGGUUGGAGCAGCAGAACCAUCAGAGGGCACUGGCACAGAGGCAGAGGCAGGACGCGCGAGAAAAGAAUGGGGCCAGCCUGCCAAGCGACAAGCCAACGGCACAACAGCCGUAUCUAGGCAUUGCGCGCGACGUGAUCGAGCGAACACCACCACACGAAGACGACGACGCAAUGGAGUCUCUGCCCACGCGGUGGAGCGCGGUCAAGGAGGACAGGGCCAGCGGGCUUGAUGUCAUGUCGGACGGGCUCGAGGUCAAAUACACGGGGCCCAGGGACCCCAACGAGAGGGAGCACGAGGCGCGCGCCAUCCGCGCCGACCAGCCCAUGCCCGUGCAGUGUGGGCUAUACUAUUUCGAAGUGACGAUACUGGGCAGGAAACAUAACGAGACCAACCAGGACGUGGACCCGCUGACGCGCGAGGAUGAAAGAGAGAUUGCUAACGAGGGUCUUCUUCACAGCACCUUGAUCGGCGUCGGCUUCUCAAGUAAAACGGCUUCAUUAAAUCGAGCACCGGGCUGGGAGCCAGAGUCCUGGGGUUACCACGGCGACGACGGCCACUGUUUCCAAGCGCAGAACGUGGGCAAGCACUACGGUCCGACCUUUGGAUACGGCGAUGUCAUCGGAUGCGGCGUCAACUUCAGGACAGGGACCGCCUUUUUCACCAAAAAUGGACAUUACCUCGGAAUCGCUUUUAGGGAAGUCAAGGGGAAGUUGUACCCAUGUGUUGGGCUCAAAAAGACCGGAGAGCAUGUUCGUGUCAACUUCGGCCAGACACCGUUCAUGUUCGACAUUGAUUCCGUCAUGAAGGCAUGUUCAACUCUCAUCACACUCGUUAUUAUAUUCAUUUUCAUUUUCUUCAUAUACGCGUUGUCCCUUGCUUCUCUAGUCUACAUUGUUUUCACCAUGAGUGACCACUAUCCCAAUGGAAUCCCUGGGUGGCUUCUCGAGACUUUCGGCGAUCCCAUCUGGCAUCACGACCAGGCCCCGUGGCGACGCCACAGUUAUCCGGCCAGGGCUCCUGAGGAUUCUAAGGACGACUCCUCCACGGACGAGUUCCUUCGGCCGGGCUAUCCAAACUCGGAGCCUGAUCGUGAUCCGCCGGAAUGGUGCAUGUCGCGGGACGCCUUUCCAUAG